CCCGGGGGGCGGGGCGGGGCAGAGGGCGGGUGGCCGGCAGGUGCGGGGGCGCGAGGAUGCCGGCGGCUGGAGAGCGCCGGUAGGCAGCGCCCCGCGUGCAGGGCGCGGCGGGCCGCGCGGCCGCUCCUCCGCGAGGCUGCGCGGCGGGGCGGGCCUGGCCGGAGGAGCGCCCGGCAUGUCGCAAGGGCUCCCGGCCGCCGGCAGCGUCCUGCAGAGGAGCGUCGCGGCACCCGGGAACCAGCCGCACCCGCAGAGCCCUGAGGAUGAUGACAGGAAGGUCCGAAGGAGAGAAAAAAACCGAGUUGCUGCUCAGAGAAGUCGGAAGAAGCAGACCCAGAAGGCCGACAAACUCCACGAGGAGUAUGAGUGCCUGGAGCAAGAAAACACAGUGCUGCGGAGAGAGAUCGGGAAGCUGACGGAGGAGCUGAAGCACCUGAGUGAGGCGCUGAAGGAGCACGAGAAGAUGUGCCCGCUGCUGCUGUGCCCUAUGAACUUUGUGCCCGUGCCUCGGCCGGACCCCGUGGCCGGCUGCCUGCCCCGAUGAAGCCCAAGGACCGUCCUCCUCCGCCCAGCGAGGAACCUUGGUCUUUUCCACACCCUUACAUCAUGUAUAGGGGGACCUGUGGCAGGGCCACCUCCUCGGAGCUCCGGCCGUGUCCUCAGCUGACUGGGCUCAGCCGGACGCUCCCGCAGGCGCCUGACUCUCAGAGCCUUGAGCGGAUCCAGGGAGGGUGACCACCCUCAGGAGUCGCUUCUCAUCCACUUUGGCAGCUAGUAGGUUCCGCUGUUAUGCAGAAUCAUUUCCUCUAGAAUUUGGAUA